AUAUUUUGUUCUACGGUGUAGCAUGAAAACUCUCCUUUCCUAGCGAAUUUUUCUUAAAACAGUUGGUCGUGCAUUUUGUAAUCGCCUUAUUAGUUUGUGCUUAUUCGUUGAACGUACUUGACCUUCGAAAAAUUUAUGACAGCACACCACCAAAGUAAUUGAAUGUAGAACGGGUAAUACAGUAGAAAAUAGAUACCAUUGUUGCUCUGUUAUGACUUUCGUUGCGAGUGUAAUAACUGUUAACAAUAAGACGGCACAGAAAAGCGUCGUUUGUUGAAAGGAAUUUAUGUGUAGUGUGCUAUGGUUUUAUUAGUGAAAGAGAUUUAUUAGAAAAGUUCAUACACGUCCACGAACCUUAAACGCAGAAAACAUUAAAGGGGCAGUCAAAGCUUACAGGGUUGCCUGCAGUAUGCUCACAGUUUGCAAUAGAGGAAUAUUAUGGCUGCAGGUGAGGCCAGCACAACAAAGCCUCGUCAAGAAAAGCAAUACGACUACCUUCUUAAAUUUCUACUGGUGGGUGACAGCGACGUUGGAAAACAAGAGAUCUUGAGUGGUCUCGAAGAUGGUGCUGCCGAAUCACCGUUUUGCAGCGGCAGUGCAUACAAAACUACUACUAUCUUGUUAGAUGGGAAAAGAGUAAAGUUACAAUUGUGGGACACAUCUGGUCAAGGUAGAUUUUGUACAAUAAUCAGAUCUUACUCUCGUGGUGCACAAGGUAUAAUUUUAGUCUACGACAUUACCAAUAAAUGGUCUUUCGAUGGCAUUGACAGAUGGUUGAAGGAAGUGGAAGAGCAUGCUCCGGGGGUACCGAAAGUACUUGUUGGAAAUCGUCUUCACUUAGCGUUUAAAAGGCAAGUAGGAGAACGCGACGCUGAAGCGUAUGCAGCUAAAAAUCAUAUGGCGUUUUUUGAAGUUUCACCUCUUUGUAAUUUUAAUAUUCGGGAAAGUUUCUCCGAACUUUCUCGUAUGGCGCUACAUCGUAAUGGCAUGGAAAGACUAUGGCGAUCCAAUAAAGUUCUCAGUCUUCAAGAACUUGCGUGUCGUGCAAUAGUGGCACGUACAACGGUGUACGGUAUCGAUCAGCUUCCAUUGCCUAAAUCUAUUAAAUCUCAUCUAAAGUCUUAUGCGAUGACGACAACAUCUCAAUUACGUUAUAAUGGAAAUAGAUCUUUAACCUCUAGUAAAAGUCUUGGUUCACAUCAUCGGAAAUUACGUUUCGUCGGAGUAGGUUAUAACGGACUCUCUACACCAGGUAGUUCACCUGGCAGUAUAACAGAUUCCCGUACCAGUUGCGUUGGACGCAAUUCCUGCGCGAUAUCUUGAGGGUAAUUUUCCAGUUGCAGUUAACUCGUGAACAUGCAACGCAGUAUCAACGUUCUUCCUCCCUAUUUUGAUGUAUAACGUUUUGAUAAAAUGUGUGCCAUCCGAAGUGGUAAAGAGUUUUGUAAUAUUUCUUCUUAAAUAAUAAUUACAGUAUCGCAUCAUUCAUCACAUAAUAAAUGAAAAAUGUGAUUUCUCAUACAAUCAAGAAGUUUCGAUAACCAUAACAUUUUUACGCUCGAUGUAACAGUAAUUUUGUAUUAAAAAUACUUUCCACAUUAUAUUCUUCUGAAUUUCAAAAACAUAAACGUACACUAUAUUAAUAAUAAUACAAUAAUAAUACUAAUACUAAUAAUAAUAAUAGUAAUAAUAUUAAUAAUAAUAAUAGUAAUAAUAAAAAUAAUAAUAAUAAUAAUAAUGAGCUUAAACCGAAUUAAGUCUGUGUGGAUUGCAAUGAGUGUGCUAUUUAUUUUACACUAUAUAAUAUCUGGCAUUUUGUAUAAGCAAAAAAAUGCUUAAAGUUUUAUGUGUCAGUUCGUAUAAUGUUUGCAAUAAAACUUUUAAAAUGUCACGAACACAUUCAAAGUUUAAAACGGUCAGAGUUGUAUGGAACAGAUAACAAUAUGUUUAUACUGUUUAUCACUAUUUUACUACACACAUACACGAAUCAUUGAUCUUUUCAACUAAUUAAGUAGCAUCAAAGUAUUUUGCACAUUUUCGUGCACAGGUGUUUUAAAUCGGAGAAAGUAAGAAAUGUUAAAAUGAAAAGUACAAGUUUGCUAAGUCUACAAGGUUUGUGGCGUAGACCAGGAAUAAUAUAAGUUAAAUAGUUUAGAGCAGCUAAUUGGAUAUUAGCAUGUAAGAAUAAAGUUCCCAAUUUUAGUAUCUACAACAUUUUGGAAAGAUCAUCAAUUUUUAUACAUUUAUUUUCCAUUUGAAAUAAUAUAGCGAAUGGAGAAAGUAAUUUUGCUUUAUUACUUAAAGAUUCAUAUUUCAAUGUUCGUUGCGACAAAUGCGACAUUCAUAUUAAAUAUUUAAUUUUAUCAUAUCGAAUAAAAAUUUUCUACAAUAAAUUUAAUUAUACUAUUUAAUUUUAUAUUAUUUAAAUAACAAUUUUGUUAUGUAUUUUAUUUGUACAGUGUAGGUUUAUAUCAACUACGUUGUGUAUCAUGUAAAUAUAAAGAUAUAUUAAUAUAUUUCAACAAAUUUCAGUGGUAGAGAUUACUGUAUCCUGUAAACAUUAAUGAUAUUUUUUACAUGUUUAAUUACUUUUUCAAGUUUUUCUUUUCACAUGAAAUCUAUUCUUCUAUUAAAAAUAAUAUGUGUAAAAUUGUAGGAACUUGUAUGAAAUUUAUUGAAAUAUAACUAUAAUUUAUAUACAAUUUUUUUGAAUAGACUAUAAAGUAUUGAGAAGACAUGUAAGAUGCAUUU